AAAAUUAUCUUAAAAUUAAAAUCAAAAUUAUUGAGGAUUUAAAGUUUUUGGAUCUACCACUACCCACAAAAUGCAGGCCAAAAAGCGUUACAUUUUGGUCUUUGUGUCCUGCGCUUUUUUGGCCUACGCCUAUUUCGGGGGCUAUCGCCUGAAAGUUUCGCCCUUGAGACCCCGUAGAGCCCAGCACGAAUCGGCCAAAGAUGGCGGCGUCCAACCGCACGAGCAGUUGCCCAGCUAUAUGAUGGGUUCCCCCGAUCUGCAGGAACUCCAGCUGCUCCAAAGUAAUCGUUCGGAUAACCCGAAGAUCCUAACUCGUAAACCCGUAAAACCCGACUGCCGCAUGGAGACUUGUUUCGAUUUCACGCGCUGCUACGAUCGCUUUUUGGUCUAUAUCUAUCCACCGGAACCCUUGAAUUCUUUAGGCGCCGCCCCGCCCACUUCGGCCAAUUAUCAAAAGAUACUCACUGCCAUCCAGGAAUCGAGAUAUCACACGAAUGAUCCCACGGCCGCCUGCUUGUUUGUGCUGGGUAUCGAUACCCUGGAUCGGGAUUCGCUAUCCGAGGAUUAUGUUCGCAAUGUGCCAUCCCGAUUGGCCCGAUUGCCGUAUUGGAAUAAUGGGAGGAAUCAUAUUAUUUUCAAUUUAUAUUCCGGAACCUGGCCGGAUUAUGCGGAGAACUCGCUGGGAUUCGAUGCGGGAGAAGCUAUUCUGGCCAAGGCCAGCAUGGGAGUGCUGCAGCUGCGACACGGCUUCGACGUCAGCAUCCCGCUCUUCCACAAACAGUUCCCACUGAGGGCCGGCGCCACUGGAUCCGUGCAGUCCAACAACUUCCCCGCCAACAAGAAGUAUCUGCUGGCCUUCAAGGGCAAGCGCUACGUGCACGGCAUCGGUUCGGAGACGCGCAACUCGCUCUUCCAUUUGCACAACGGUCGCGACAUGGUCCUGGUCACCACCUGUCGCCACGGGAAGAGUUGGCGGGAGCUGCAGGAUAAUCGCUGCGACGAGGACAACCGCGAGUACGACAGGUACGACUACGAGACCCUACUGCAAAAUUCCACUUUCUGCUUGGUGCCGCGUGGACGUCGUUUGGGUUCCUUUAGAUUCCUUGAAGCCUUGCAGGCUGGAUGCAUUCCCGUACUAUUGUCCAAUGCCUGGGUGUUGCCGUUUGAAUCGAAAAUCGAUUGGAAGCAGGCCGCCAUUUGGGCCGAUGAGCGCCUCCUCCUGCAGGUGCCCGAUAUCGUGCGCUCCAUAUCGGCGGAACGCAUCUUCGCCCUCCGCCAGCAGACUCAGGUCCUGUGGGAACGCUACUUCGGCUCCAUUGAGAAAAUCGUCUUCACAACAUUCGAGAUCUUUCGCGAACGCCUGCCGGAUUAUCCGGUGCGGAGCAGUCUGGUGUGGAACAGCUCACCGGGAGCCCUGCUCACGUUGCCCACCUUCGCCGACAGUUCAAGGUACAUGCCGUUUCUGCUGAACUCGAUGGGCGCGGAGCCGCGUCACAACUACACGGCGGUUAUCUACGUGCAGAUUGGCGCCGCUUUGGGACCGAAUGCAGCUUUAUACAAGCUGGUCAGGACCAUAACGAAGAGCCAGUUUGUGGAGAGGAUCCUUGUCCUUUGGGCUGCCGAUCGACCGCUGCCGCUGAAGAAACGCUGGCCCCCCACCAACCACAUACCCCUGCAUGUGAUCUCCUUGGGGGGCAGCACCAGGAGUCAGGGAGCUGGACCCACAAGCCAGACGACUGAGGGACGACCGAGCAUAUCACAACGAUUCCUGCCCUACGAAGAGAUUCAAACGGACGCCGUGUUGUCGCUGGACGAAGAUGCCAUACUCAAUACGGAUGAACUGGACUUUGCCUACACGGUGUGGCGGGAUUUUCCCGAGCGCAUCGUUGGCUAUCCGGCAAGAGCUCACUUCUGGGAUGAUUCCAAGAACGCCUGGGGCUACACGUCCAAGUGGACAAACUACUAUUCAAUUGUGCUAACUGGGGCGGCCUUCUACCACCGCUACUACAACUACUUGUACACCAACUGGCUGUCGUUGCUGCUACUUAAGACUGUACAGCAGUCCUCCAACUGCGAGGACAUCCUAAUGAACCUGCUGGUCUCGCACGUGACCAGGAAGCCGCCGAUCAAGGUGACGCAGCGCAAGGGCUACAAGGAUCGCGAGACGGGCCGUUCGCCCUGGAACGACCCCGAUCACUUUAUCCAGCGCCAGAGCUGCUUGAAUACCUUCGCGGCGGUCUUUGGCUAUAUGCCGCUGAUACGUUCCAAUUUGCGCAUGGAUCCCAUGCUGUAUCGUGAUCCAGUUUCCAAUUUGCGCAAGAAAUAUCGCCAGAUCGAGUUGGUCGGCAGCUAGCGAUAUGUGCAUCCUGGCAAUAGCUACAAGCGUUAAGAGUACUGAAUACAUAUACACCACACAACCACAGCCACAGCAAUACCAAUACCAAUACGAACACAGAGAAACACACACAUAAGUUUAGAUGAAAUGCUGUUUUUUGACGCUGGCCAAGCGAUGCAAGAACUAUGUUAAUUAUUAUUAGUAGCGAAAAGAAGGAACUUAGUUAGGAGCCAACGGGCGUUUGUAAAUGUAUGCAUGUGUACAUCGAUGUGAGCAUCCGGCAUCCUUUGCAAUUAUAUAUGCAAUGUGUAUAUAUAGACUCUAAAUACGAUUAUGUGAAUUAGCCUAGUUAACUUAACUGCAAGCGAAGCGAACGAUUUUGCCAUCUUUUUUGCUAAUUUCAAAUUAGCUGCGCUUAGCAAAUUUUCUAUACGCCUACAUAUAUGUAAAUGGAUAUAUGUUUAGGGACAUAAGUAGCCGAUUUUUUGUACUGUGUGAGUUGAGUUUUGUAUGUGUAAAUGUUUGUAUGUCCUCUUGUUGUAACUCUCCGUGUAUAGUUAGUGAUUUAUCAAUGUGAAGAUGAAGAUGAAGAUGUGUGUGGACAUGGCAAAGUCGCCUCCUUUUCAGUUUCGAAUUCCAACUUGAGGCUCCUUGAAUUCCGUAUUCGUAUGUAAAGCUAAAAAAAAUCGACUGCAUCUAAUGAAUAUCCGUGGCCAUUGUGGAAUCGAGCUCUUUUCAGGCCAUUCAGCGAUAAAUGUGCACAAAAUCCGUAGAGGAGAAGCAAUUAACUAAUGCUAAGUUUAAGAUUUAAGUAGCUUUCCAUUUCCAAUUUGUUAUGUGCAAUUUUUUUACGUGGACAACUCAGCUUUUAAUUCUUAACGUGGCCAUUUAUUGAAGUACGUAAAUCAAUUAUCAAUAUGCAAUCAACUUUUUUAACACACGCGCAUAUCAAGAAUAGAGACGUUUUAUGUUUAAGCUACCAAAAGAAAAUUCUAUACAUAUACUAUAGCUAAAGUAUAUUUCUAUACCUAUUUUUUACAACAAAUAUACACGAUUGCAGAUCAA